AUGGAGGACGCAGAUAAAGGACAGAUAGUAGUAGGUUACACAGAGAAAUGUCGAAUAGCAGUACAGGACCCAGAUAAAAUUCAGAUGGCAGUAGAAGAUCCAGUGAAAAGUCAAAUAGCAGUAGAAGAUCCAGAUAAAAGUCAAAUAGCAGUAGAGGACCCAGUGAAAAGUCAGAUAGCAAUGGAGGACCAAGAGAAAAGUGAGAUGGCAAUAGAUGAUCCAGGAGAAAGUCAAAUAGCUAUGGAUGACCAGGAGAAAAGUCAGAUGGCAGUAGACGAUCUAGAUAAAAAUCAGAUAGCAGUAGAGGAUCCAGAGAAAAGUAAGAUGGCAGUAAAGGACAAAGAGAAAUGUCAGAUAGCAGUAGAGGAUCCAGAGAAAAGUAAGAUAGCAGUAGAGGAUUCAGAGAAAAGUCAGAUAGUAGUAGAGGAUACAGAGAAUAUUCAGAUAGUAGUAGAGGACCAAGAGAAAAGCCAGAUAGUAGUAGAGGACCCAGUGAAAAGUCAGAUAGCAGAAAGGACCCAGUGA